UUGUUUGGCGGCCUUGACCUUGUUAAUGCAUCAAUUUCAGUUUCAGGGCUAAAAAUGUCAGCGAUGUUUCAACCCGUUUGUCGGUUGUUUCCUCGAGUGUCAUCAGUUGUCGGGCGUCGGAAUUUCUUCAUUUAUACACCUAACGCUUUGACACCACAGGUUGACCGCGAACCGACGUGGAAAAAGGCCGAAGAUGCAGUUCAAGCGAUUGAAAGCGGUUUCAAGGUAUUCGUCCAUGGCUGUGCUGCCACCCCAAACUACCUACUAGAGCAUCUCGCUAACCAUGGGAAAAAAGCCGGCCUGAAAGAUGUACAACUAAUACACAUCCCAACUGUUGGUCCAGCUUUGUACAACAAUCCGGAGUAUGAGGGUAUAUUUCGCUCCAACUCUCUAUUUAUUGGCGCCAACUGCAGAGAGGCCAUAGCCGAAGGAAGAGCAGACACUGUUCCAAUCUUCCUCAGUGAAAUCCCACUGCUGUUUGAUAGGAAAAUUUACAAGCUUGAUGUUGCAUUGAUCCAUGUGAGUCCCCCGGACCAGCAUGGUUUCUGUUCACUGGGGACAAGUGUGGAUUGUACACGUGCUGCUGUGCAACAUGCUAAAUAUAUCAUUGCCCAGGUGAACAAACAGAUGCCUAGGACCCUCGGAGACAGCUUAAUUCACAUGUCCCACAUAGACUGUAUGGUGGAAAAUGACGCACCAUUGCCUGAAAUCGCCCCAAUGAUCCGCACCCCAGAGAUCAAUGAGAUUGCCCGUCUCAUAGCUGAUAACUUAGUAGAGGAUGGUGCCACUUUGCAAACAGGUAUUGGUAACCUACCUGAUGCUGUCCUCCACAAGCUAUACAACCACAAAGACCUGGGUUUCCACUCCGAGAUGAUCAGCGACACUGUUGUAAAUCUUGUGGAAAAAGGCGCGCUCACAAAUGCCAAGAAGAAUAUCCAGACUGGGAAGAUUGUUUGCAGCUUUGCCAUGGGCACAAAGAAAUUGUACUCCUUCCUGGAUGAUAACUGUUUCGUUGCUUUCCAUGAGUGUGAUUUCACAAACAAUAUAUCUCUGAUCAGCCAAAACCCGCGUGUGACUGCCAUCAACACUUGCCUGGAGAUUGACCUCACUGGUCAGGUGUGCUCCGACUCUAUCGGUACCAAGAUGUACUCAGGUUUUGGUGGACAGAUUGACUUUAUGCGAGGAGCUGCCUUAAGUUUGGAUGGAGAAGGCAAGCCUAUCAUAGCCUGUACAUCAACAACUGAGGAUGGAAUAUCCAGAAUAGUUCCCAUGCUGAAAGACGGUGCUGGAGUUGUGACAACACGCGCUCACGUGCAUUACAUCGUAACCGAGUAUGGAAUUGCUUUCCUCUUUGGCAAAAACUUGAGACAACGAGCUUACGAACUCAUUAAAAUCGCCCAUCCUAAUGAGCGGGAAAACCUGGAAAAAGCUGCCUUUGAAAGAUUUAAAUGCAUGCCAUCACCCUAAGGGGAUCUUAAUAAUAAUUUAAACCUUUUUGUAGGCCAUCUAAUUUAGAGUCUCAUCCCCUAGGUACCCGGUCAGUCUAAACAUUUUUUGUUUGACAGAAAAAAAUAGCCUUGGUCUGUAAUUGGUCAAAAAUUAAGGAAUCUGUGUAGAAAUUAGAAUUUAUCACACCCGUUUUGCUCGAUCAUUUGUAUUUGGUCUCUUUACGAAAAAACCUGAGGUAUUGUGAAAGCCUUGGUGUCUGAGUUGUCUGUGCUGUCUGAGUUGUCUGUGCUGUCUGAGUUGUCUGUGCUGUUGUGCGAACACUGAAACCAUGCCUUUACCUCAAAAACUGUUCAAGAUAUUAAAACAAAAUUUGACCAUGUUACCAGAGAUAAUAUGCACAUGUCUUUGACAGUUGUCAUUUGACAGUUGUCAUGUGACAGUUGUCAUGUGACAGCUGUCAUGUGACUUUGACAGUUAUCAUGUGACUUUUACAGUUGUCAUGUGAUGUGUAUAAUGAAAAUAUUACUGCAGUUUAGAAGUAGGGGAGAAAAAAUACACCUGUCUACACACAUGUUCAUAGCAAGGCGUUUAACUCUGGUUUCAUUUAUUGUAAAGUUAUGUCCCUCGUUCAUCUGAACAAAAUCAGAUGAUUGGUAGGGCUCGCUCCGUGGAACUUUUGUUUAUCUAAAAAAUGAAAGGUUAAAUCUGCCCUCACAUCUAUUAUAGUGAUCGGGAUGAGAAUCUAAAAACUUUCCCUGAUAGCCUUAUUUGUUUACUAAUAUUCUUGUUACUUGAUUGUAAAUGAUAGAAUUAUAGAUUUUUUACAUUUGUUCAAUGCAUAUAAGCGCUUUUAAACUAUGAUUUUGUAUAUUUUUCAAAGAUCGAUAAUUUGCAUGAUUUCAUUGAAGCAAACAAUUAGCAAAAUUGUUUAUAUUCUAGUUGAAUAUCUAAUAAAUUUUAUAAAAAUGUGAAUGAUUUAUAAUUCCAAACAAUGCUAAGUAGUAUAUUAUUAUAUAGCUGGUAUAUAUAAUUUGAAAUGAUGGAUCUAUGUCUGCUGUAGAUGAACUAAUUAGCCUGAUAUCUUUAAGCAAUAUUAUAAAAAAAAAUUAAACGUUUGUCAUUCUGCUAACAUUAUUUUCUUUCAUUUAAGUGCUGCCCUUGUUAUAUGCUUAGUAUACUUCUUUUAUUUUCAUGGGGUUCAGAGAGUCACAUGGCAAACAAGAGACUUUGAUUUUCUCUGGCAAAAUGUCAUUAAGACCAGUCAGUAAUUGUUUAAUUUUUCACUGUAGAGCUUGUCUGAUUUUUCACUAAAAGCUUAAAAGAAAGACAGAUGUGAACGUCUGAUUUUAAUCUAGGAUGAUAAUACAGACAUAUAUAUCCCAAUUUAAAUGUAUUUAUGUUUUACCACAUACAAUGGUUAAUGUUCAAGUGUCUUUAAAAUGUGUAUACAUGCACUUUCAUCCUUGCAGGUUUUUCUCAGGUAUUUUAAAAAAAUGGCCUUUUUUUUACAAAAUUGGGAUUUUUUUAAACAAUUAUCUAGUUUAGAUAUACUCAAAUACUGGUAACCAUUAGUUUGUAGGCUUUUAUAACUGAAACUUAAAUAAUUACAGUUUUUGAAACAUAAGUAUUCCUGAUUGGAACCCCCCGCAUAUUCUUUGGCAUUUGGAACAUAAGUGAAUAUCAGCUCUAAAAGUCCUUUUCUUUGUACAACUUCUGCUUGUGUUUACAAAAAGGCAUUAAAGAUAAUUGUUUACUUAUACCGUUAUAACUUGAUGAUAUUAUUGAGAUUAUGCUUCUGUCAAACUGUUCAUUCUGACAGUGUUAAUGCAUGUACUUUAUAUCAGUUGUACUGGUACAAUGUUUUUGAAGGUAUUUUUGGCUGUAUGUUCAUGGUUUGCCUUGUUUUUAUGAUAGAUUAAAUUAUGUUAUUUUUAUUAUUAGCUUAUAAAGCAAAUGUUUUAUAAUUAGAAUGUACUGAUAUACCUUAUAUAUUAUCUUCCAGGGCAGGAAUGUGAAAAAUUAAAAUAAAAAUAAUUUGAUUUUAGUAA